AUGGCAUCUAUCAAGAAGCUUAUGAUACGGGGAGUAAGGUCGUUCAGCCACAAGGAGAGCAACACGCUGGAGUUUUAUUCUCCGUUGACGCUGAUAGUCGGGGCGAAUGGGACUGGAAAGACAACGAUAAUUGAGUCUCUGAAGUAUGCUACUACUGGGAGCCUUCCGCCGAACAGUAGGGGCGGGGCGUUUAUCCAUGACCCGAGUGUUGCAGGACUGGCGGAGGUCCAAGGGCAGGUGAAGCUUCUGUUCACCAAUGUGCAUGGAGAGACGAUGAUAUGUUCGCGAACCAUUCAGCUGGCGCAGAGGAGGGAUAGGAGAGAGCAGAAGACUUUGGAAAGCGUGAUAUGGGCUGAAAGGGAUGGAGAAGGAGUGAGCGGAAGGAGUGGAGAUGUCGAUGCCGAAAUGCCCCAGCACUUUGGGGUGUCGGGCAGCAUAUUGGAAAGCAUUAUAUUCUGCCACCAAGAAGAAAGCACGUGGCCUCUUGGGGAGCCCGUUGUUGUCAAGAAGAAGCUUGACGACAUAUUUGCAUCUGCAAAGUAUGGGAAGGCACUGGACAGCCUGAAGUCGUCUAGAAAGGAAUGCUCCUCCGACGUCAAGAUGAAGAUGCAAGAGCUGGAGUUCCUUCGGAAGAUGAAAGAGAGGAAGGAGUCUCUUGAGCUUCGGAUAAGGAGCGGGUGCAUGUCGAUAGAGAAGAAUGAGAUAAGGGUUGAAGCAUGCGACAAUGAGAUAGGGAGGUGCGAGAGAGUUAUUGAGGAGAUAGACCUGGAGCUGAAAGGCAACGAAGAGGCCGAGAAGAGGGCACACUUGCUAAGAGGCGAGCACAGGGAGCUGAUGGAGUUUAUCGACGGGUUUAGGGAGAAGAAACUGCCGCUGGAGGAUGCGACGGAUAUAAUGAGUGGCAAAUCUCUGCAGGAGGCCGAGGAAGAAUACGAGAGGAUGAAGAUGGAUGCUGAGGAGAGCGAAAUGAGGUUCAAGGAUUUGAGCGAAGAAAGAAGCAGGUAUAUCCGGAGCAAGGCAGAGCUUGACGGGGUGUUUUCUGAAAUAUCUGUCAAGUCCUCUUUCCUGGACGAGGCGAGGCGGCAGAAGAUGGAGGCCCUGAAGAGCCUUGAGUCUGAGCUGAAGGUCAAGAAGGACUUUAGAGAAACGGCACUCGAGGUUUUUGGGAAGGUGGAGGACGACAUCAAGCAAAGGAAGGAGUGUAUACACAGGCUUGAGGAAGAGGCCUUGAGGCUGAAGAAGGAGGACCGUGACAGAACAGUGGCUCUUUCUGAAAAGAAGAGGAUAGUUGACGAGUACUCGGGGCUUGAGAGCGACGGAAGCAUUGAUGUAUCUGUUUCCUAUGAGGAUGAGGUUGGAAGGCUUAGGGCUGAGAUAAGCAGGGACAGGGAGAUGGAGGCCCUUGAAGAAAGGCUUGGGGACUACCAGAGGAGAUUGAAUGAUGCGUAUAGCAUUGCAGAGAGGAACUUUGCGAUGAACCAGAUGAGAGGCAGGAAAAGAGAGAUUGAGGGGAUGCUGAAUGGAGUGAAUGUUUCUGAGCUGAAGAGCAAGCUAGAGCGGCAGAAGGCAAAGCUAAGAGAAAAGGAGAGUAGGGCCAAGGAGAUUGAGAGGGAGAUGAGUCUCAGGAAGGCCAGGGCGAUAGAAAGGUCGAAGGAAAAUGACAGAAUUAGAAGAGAGCUAAGGACGAAGUCUAUGGAGCUUGGAUCUAUGGGCCAGAGGUCCAGGAUGGCUAUUUUUGAAGAGCUGGGGAUUCCAAUGCUGAGGAAUGGAAGCAGAUGCUCUGUGGAGAGGGCAAAGGAGGUCGUGAGGAGCAAUGAGGGCUUCUUUGCACGAGAUGACAUGGGGUUUGGAGUUGAGAUGCUGGACCUUGAGAGUCUUUACGACGGAGAGGAGGUCUUGCAGCGGAGCGGCGCCAGCGAUGGAAUAUGGAGAGAAAGGAUCUACAGGGAGAUGCUAGAGGACGGAUGUAGGAGCCAUGAGUGCCCUGUGUGUAAUAAGCCUCUUUCUAAGGAAGAGGAGGUAGAGUUUAAAAGGAAAUUAGAGGCAGGCAUUGAAAGGGCUCUGGAUGGAAAGGAGAAUGCCCUAGGAAGCUGGAAUGACAGAGAAAGGAUCGCCGGAGAGAUAGAGGCUCUUAAUAAAGAAAUAGCGGGCAGGAACAAAAUAAGGGAGGAAAUGGCUGAGCUGAUUCUGAGAUACGAGGAAGUUGAAGAUGUGAGCGGGGAAGAGGCUUUAGAUGAAAUGGAACUGGACAUGCUGGAUGAAGCUGAGGGGAUUAAGAAGACAGAGUUUUUGAUUGGACUGGUGGAGGAACUGUUUCUGAUAGAUGGAAAGCUCCGGGGCUCGGAGGAGGGAGAGUCAGUUCAGGAGCUAAGGUCUAUGGUUGAUGGGAUCAGGAAGAUUUACGAGGAGAAGAAGGAAGAGGUCAGGAGAAAGAAGGAGAGGAUUGAGUAUCUGUGUAGAAAGCAGGAGGUGAUUAGGGCGGAAAGAGAGAUACGGGAGAAGAUAAACUUCCGAGAGGAGGCGAAAGAGGCGAUGCAAAGGAUUGAGAGGAGCAGUGCAAGGAUAAGAGCUUCUGAUGUUGAGGAGGAGAUACGGCGGAAGAAGAGCAAGCUCGACAGGAUUCUGGAGCGGUUUGCAAGGAAGAGGGUGGAGCUGGAGAUGAGCAUGGAGGCUUUCUACCAGAAGGAAAGAGAGGAGGCAUGCCUUGCAAAGGAGAUAGAAGAGCUGAACAGCAAGGUCAGGAAGCUCUUACAGGCCGAGUUCCUGGAUGAGGCCAAAGAUGAGGUGAAGUUUGACGACGCAAGAAGUGAUCUCCUGGAGAGAAAGAACAAGGUUCUAGAGAUAGGACAGAAAAUCCGCAGGAUGUAUGAGAUGCGGAGUCUGGCUGAGGAGAGCAUGAAAUACUACAACAGGGAGAGGAGAGUCAGGGAAAUAGAGAGGGAGCUGUCUGAAACUGAUUUUGAGUACUUGGCAGCCCUGAAGGAAAAAAGACGGCUUUUGGAAGAAAAGAAAGCAAAGCUGUCUUCGCAGAAGUCACUGCUUCUAGGAGAAUGCAAGCAGAUUGCAUUGGGGGUGAAGUCAUAUAAACAGGAGCUUCUGAAGGACCAUGGGAGGACUGUGGAGAACUAUAACAAGUGCUUUAUUGAGGUCAAGGCCCUAGAGCUGUCCUGCAUGGAUCUUGACAAAUGCAUCCAGGCAUUAGAUAAGGCCAUUGUUGACUUCCAUACGUCGAAACUUGAAGAGGUGAAUGCAACACUCAAGGACCUGUGGACAAAUACCUAUCGAGGGGACGACGUCGACUGGAUAAAGAUCAAGACUGAGAGCUCAGGACAACGGACCUAUAACUAUAAGGUUGUGUUUGUCAAAGGGGGAGUGGAACUCGACAUGAGAGGGAGGUCCAGUGCGGGGCAGAAGAUGAUAGCCAGUAUCCUCAUAAGACUGGCACUUGCAGACUCUUUUGCCUCCAGCUGCAGCGUGCUAGCUCUCGACGAACCGACCACGAAUCUCGAUAGAGACAACAUAGAGAGCCUUGCAUUCACUCUUUCAAGGGUGAUUUCAAGGCACCGAAGGGACGCUGACUUCCAGCUGAUUGUCAUUACACACGACGAGGACUUUGUCCAGUUGCUAAGUAGAGGUGGCCCAGAAUACUUCUACAGACUGAGCAGAAGUGAAAGCGGCGAUUCGAUGAUCGUAAGGCAUUCGAUAUAUGGAACACGAGAGAUGGGUCCGAAUAAAGUCUACUGA